UGUGCUUGGUGCUGGAGCACUGCCACAGGGUCACCUCCAGGCCAUGGCAGGCCCCGUGACCAUUGCAGCUGGUCUCCUGCUCCUAGCCCUCUGUGCUCACUGCAUUCUGCCCACAGACUCUGUAGUCAUCCCCUCCUCCUGCUGCAUAACCUUUGUUUCCAAGAAAAUCCCCGAGGACAGGGUGGUGAGCUAUCAGCUGACCAGCAGGAGCACCUGUACCAAGGCGGGAGUGAUCUUCACCACCAAGAAGGGCCUGCAGUUGUGCAGCGACCCCAACCAGCCGUGGGUGCAGAGGUACAUGAGGAAGUUGGACAGCAAGAAAAAACGGCCAUCCCAGAGGGCCUGGGCAGCGGGUGGAAAGGUCCUCAUGAAGAGACCCCGUGGCAACAGCACCACCCUCUGAUGGCCACCUGCCCUCUUGCCCCUCGCAUGACUCCUUGGGGCCAGGAGAGUCAGAGGGCCAGGGCAAGAGCUGAUUUUCCUAUUGGGAGCUUCACUCUCAGGGGAUCCGUCCAGUCUGUGAAAACCGGAGGGAAGUGGCUGCUUUCCUGGAAGGAGAAAGGGCCGCGGCCGCCUUUGCCUUCUCCUCACUGCCACCAGCCUGAGUCCCGCCCCACCCCCACCCCACCCCGCGCCCGCGCACAGCUCACCUGCUCUGCGCCACCAGCUGGCGUUGUCCCCAGGCGCUGUGCUGCAGUGGGCCUGAGGCUGGCUGCCAGUCCUUUGGGAAUGGUGACCUGCCCGCAGCAGCAGCUCCCCAGUAUGUGGGCUGCUACAGGCUGGUCCCACCUGCAACACUUGGAGGAAACAAACCCCCAAUCAAAUCAGGGGACUUCUUGGUAGCAUUCACAGUCGGGCCUCACAGCCUGAUCCUGGCCCUCCUCGGGCACCUCCUA